AUGGAGGAUUUCUCUUCAGAUUCAACCCCAAAUUACAAACAAUACAGUCCAUACCAAAACCUUAACCCAAAUACUCCCAACAUGAAACUCUAUAAUCUUCCCACCACCCCCGAACACCUCUUUGAAGAAGAAGCCUUCCGAAGUCGUAACUUCUAUGAUAAUCUCACCUUCUACACCGGCAGUUCCUACCUGACCGGUUCUGUUGUCGGCGCCGUAAAGGGCAGUUUCGAGGGACUUUCUGCCACCGAAUACGGCGAGUCUCUUAAAAUCCGUACUAACCGUAUGCUCAACACGGGAGGUAUGGUGGGUCGGAGGUUUGGCAACUCUGCAGGAAUUUUGGCUGUGAUAUACACAGGGGUUGAAUCCUCUAUUAUUUACAAAAGAGACACUGAUGAUGUUUUAGGAAGCCUGAUGGCCGGUAUGGGUACUGGUGCGGUGUAUCGACUCCCAGCGGGUAUUCGAGCAGCUGCGAUCGCGAGUGUUGUUGGUGGGAUUGUUGUUGGUGCUGUUGUUUCUGGGAAGCACUUGUUGACAAGAUCUGUUCCCAAAUUGUCUAUCUGA